AUGUCAUGGGCAUCCCUCAUUGUUCAGAAUCCAACCUUCGACGCAUUCUUCGGCCUGGUCGUCAUGGCCAACUCCAUCUUCAUUGGCAUGGAUAUUCAGUGGGUGCUAGGGGAUCAGGGGCCACGACCUACAAGCUACACCAUCCUCCACUACAGCUUCUCCCUGCUCUUCCUCCUCGAGCUGGCCCUGCGCCUGGCCGAUAGCCGCGGUCGCUACUAUUGCUCCGAGGAUUGGGCCUGGGCUAUCUUGGAUACCGUGAUCGUUCUCUCAUCCCUUUGGGAUGUGAUUGUGGAAGUGAUCCAAGAAAUGGUGCAGGACAAUAGCUGGGAGAGUUUUUCAGGGUUGUCGACAUUGAAAGCCAUGCGCAUCGUCCGGUUGACACGGGUGCUGAAGACCGUCCAGUUUGUGCGUCUCUUUCGCUUCGUCAUGGCCCUACGGACGCUGGUCCAAUCGAUUCUGCAUACCAUGAAAGCCCUUUUCUGGGCGUUGCUACUCCUUGGCCUGAUCAUCUAUGUGUUUGCUAUACUCUUUUCCCAGGCAGUUUUCGAUUACAAGAGUGAUCCAGCCAAUCCGGAACUGCCAGCGGAUGUCCUCGAUGCAGCCACCCGCUAUUUCGGCACACUCCUUACAAGCAUGAUCGCGCUUUUCAUGAGCAUCACUGGUGGCGUUAGUUGGGAAGAGGUCUUGAAGCCCCUCGGAUACGUCUCAGACUUCUGGAAGGCAUGCUUCAUUUGGUUCAUUGCUUUCUCGUACCUGGCUGUGUUGAACGUGGUUACCGCCGUGUUUUGCCAGUCGGCCAUUGAGUCGGCACAGAGUGAUCACGCGACCUUGAUUCAAAACAUGCUCGACAACAAGGAGCAACAUCUUCAAAAGCUGCGGACCUUGUUUGACAAGAUCGGACACCACGAUGUUGGCGGCGGCGGAAUCACCUUCCCGAUGUUUGAGGAGAAGAUCAGCUCGCAAACCGUUCGCGACUAUUUCGAAAUGUUGGGGUUGGACGUGUGGGACCCAUGGGCGUUUUUCAAGCUGUUGGAUUCUGAUGCAGGCGGCGUUGUGGAACUGGAGGAAUUUUUCCUUGGCUGCCUCCGUUUCAGCGGAGCGGCCACAGCUAUGGAAGUCGGUCAGGUCGCCGCAGAUCAGAAGUGGCUCAUCAAAAGCCAUGGCCGGUUCCAAAAGUUCGUAGAAGAGGAGCUGCAUCGCGCCAGAGCCGAUAUAUCUUGCCUGACUGAUGCGCUUUUGGGGUAUCCUCCGGUCUCUUCGACGAAUCUCUAA